AUGUUCCAACCCAAGCAAUGGAAGGGCCGCAAGCUCCGAGUCUGGAUCCUCAUCGUCUGCGGUCUGGCGUUCUCCUUAUUCGGCUAUGAUUGCGCCUUGUAUGGCGGCAUUGCCAGUGGCCCGCCGUUUGUCGAGUAUUUCCACCAUCCGUCGCCCGGGUUGACCGGACAGGUCGCCGCUCUAUUUGACAUUGGCAAUCUUGUGGGGGCGCUCUGCACGCCUUUCAUUGCCGAACGCAUAGGACAUCGCAAGAGCAUUCUGAUCGGAUCGGCCAUUUGUGUGAUCGGCGCCAUCAUCCAAACGACGCCGGGUAGUAUCGGUGGCUUGAUAGCGGGACGGAUGAUUGGAGGGUUUGGAAACGGAAUCAACACCUCCGUGGUGCCGGUCUACCACUCCGAGACCAGCCUUCCUCAUGCCCGAGGGCGCGCCAUCUUUCAAGAGCUCUUUAUCUUGAAUGUCGGAUUUCUCGUGGCCCAGUUCUUGACUCUGGGGACCAGCUUUUCGCAGACAUCUUUGCAAUGGCGACUCCCCUCAAUUUUCCAAGUGGUGUACCUCCUCCCAGUAUUUAUUCUUCUUCCUCUGUUGCCAGAGUCUCCGCGAUGGCUCGCUUCGAAAGACCGCAUGGGCGAAGCGGCGACGGUCCUUGCACGACUCACUGGCCAGGAGGAUAUUUCGUCGCCCGAAGUCCGGCAACAGCUCGAGGACAUUCAGACCGUGGUGGCGCUCGAGAAGGCCGGCGAAGCCACCCCGAUCAGUGACCUCUGGACUGCACCUGGACGACACAUGUACCGACUGAUCAUCGGAUGCGGCGCCCAGUACAUGGGCCAGAUUGGCGGAUGCAACGUCUUUGCCUACUACAUCGUCAUCAUCUUCGAGCAGCUGGGCUUCUCGUCGACCCCAGCCCGGGUACUGGCGGCGUGCACCGGGGUUCCGUGGCUCCUAUCCAACCUCUUCUCGCAAUUCGCAGUCGAAAGGUUUGGACGGCGUCCGCUGUUCUUCAGCGGCUCCAUCGGUCAGGGUCUCUGCUUCCUGAUUGCCGGGAUUGUGUUGGCCAUAGGGGGCAAUCCGUCCGAAGGCACGGCCAAAUGGUCCGGGUACAUCGUGGUGGUGCUGGUGUAUCUCUACCUGAUGAUCUUCGCCCUCGCCUGGCAGAGUCUCCAAUACCUCUACCCGGCCGAAAUCCUUUCCUUCAAAUACCGGAACAAGUUCUAUCCCGUGGCCAACGCCGUCAACUGGACCAUCAACUACGUCGUCGUGGUAUCGACGCCACCAGGCCUCGCAAAUAUCGGUUGGAAAUUCUACAUGGUCUUCUUCUGCUUCAACUUUGUCAAUUUCUGGCUCGUCUUCCUGUUCUACCCCGAGACCGCGCACAAGUCGCUGGAAGAGAUCGACCUGCUGUUCCUCUCGGCCAAGAGCGCCACGUCGCGUCUGUUCCCGGGUUUGGCGAGUGGGAAGAAGGGGGCUUUUACCGUGGACGAUAUCGACCGCGUGGGGUUCGAGGCGGAGAUGAAGCAGCACCGGACAAAGGACCAGGCCACGAUUCACGUCGAGGAGAGCUGA